ACCGAAGUUUCGUCUUUAUAGGAGUAUUAAUUUGUGGUUAAAAAUCCAAGGUAUGGUGUUCGAGAAAAUGAAAGUGAAUGAAAGGUUAGCUUGUGCGACAAAUGCUUGAACGAACGAAACUUUUACCUUUGUUUGAACUGUGCGAUUAAACAUGAGUAUCACAAAGGAAAAUUCUACAGCCCCGACCAAAAAUACAACCACAGGAAAUGCGAAGUCAUACGGGAAGAUUGUAUUAACGUUACAGAAUUGUCUUUUACCCGAGGACAAGCUGAAUACAACGCCGUCACAUUUAGAUGGAUUAGACGCGGAAACUGAAACAGAUUUACGAAUAUUAGGAUGUGAACUGAUACAGACAGCUGGUAUUUUGCUGAAGUUGCCGCAGGUUGCAAUGGCCACAGGACAAGUAAUAUUUCAACGAUUUUAUUACAGUAAAUCGUUAGUUAGACAUAAUAUGGAAACAACUGCAAUGGGUUGUGUUUGUUUAGCUAGUAAAAUUGAAGAGGCACCAAGGCGCAUCAGGGAUGUCAUUAAUGUUUUCAAUCAUAUAAAGCAAGUCUCCAGUCAAAAGCCAAUACAACCAGUGAUACUCGAUCAAAAUUAUGUAGCACUAAAGAACCAAGUAAUUAAAUCUGAAAGGAGGGUUCUGAAGGAAUUAGGUUUCUGUGUUCAUGUAAAACAUCCUCAUAAAAUUAUUGUUAUGUACUUGCAAGUAUUAGGUUAUGAAAAGAAUAGAGCUCUGAUGCAACAAUGUUGGAAUUAUAUGAAUGAUUCGUUAAGGUCAGACGUAUUUUUAAGACACCAACCAGAAACAGUCGCCUGUGCAUGCGUCUAUUUAGGAGCUAGACAGCUUCAACUUCCAUUACCUACUUCGCCUGCCUGGUUUUCCCUCUUUAAAGUUAACGAAUCUGCAAUUAGAGAUGUCUGUCGUCGUAUAUUACGACUUUAUUUCCGACCUCGCGUAAAACCAGAACAGUUAGAAAAACGUGUAGAAGAGCUUCGUCGUCAGUACGAGGAAGCAAGAACCAAAGCAAGGGGAGGAGAUGUUGACAGUCAUACACCAAGUCCGCCACUGCCUAAACAUCAUAAUGCGUGGGGGGGGUUUAUCAGCCGUAGCGGUACACACGCAGCACCCGAAAGAACAAAAUCGCCAAGGCGUUCAAAAUCUCCAAGUACUUCACCAUCUAGGGGUGAAGGAACAAAGCAUUCCAAGAGAAAGAAACAUAGUAGAAGCAGAUCACGUAGUCACAGUCAUGGACGAUCUCGAAAACCGAAAAAAGCACAACGACGGCGAUCCGGCAGUCAUAAAUCAUCGCGCAGUCGUUACAGAUCGCGCAGUCGAUCUCGGGAUAGAGAUACGGAAAAAUCAAGUAAACAUCGCAGUAAACACAGACGACAUUGAAUAACUCUAUGUAUAAAAAUUGUUUCAUAUUACAACAGAGAAAUACUGCAAUUGCAUUAACAGUUGUAUUAAAUUUUGUAAUAUAAUACGAGGCCUUUUUCACCUCUGUUAAUUAAAUGCAACUUAAAUAGGACAAUUCAUUUCUACUGUAUGGUACAUAUCUUUGAGUUAAUUUAAAAAUGAUAAAUAUAGGUUUGAAAUUAAUUAUUUGUAAGAGUUUUAACUCAAAGUACCUCGAUAAAAAAAAAAAUGGUACAUUCUCAGAAAGAUAUUACAAGUAACAUUACUUAAAAGGGCAACUUGAAAAAUAAAGUUUUAUAUUCAUG